CACAUGCAGGCUCGAUUUGUGAUCCUGAGGGUCCUGCUGGAAGCCGGAGAGGGUCUCGUCAGCGUCGUCCCCACCACCGGCUCCGACGGGCGCCCGGAUGCCAGGGUCCGCCUGGAUCGCGGCAAGAUCCGCUCAGUGGGCAGGCCCGCCCUGGAACGCUUCCUGCGCCGACUCCAGGUGCUGAAGUCGACGGGGGACGUGGCCGGGGGGCGAGCACUGUACGAGGGCUACUCCGCCGUCACCGACGAGCCCCCCGAGCGCUUCCUCACCCUCAGGGACACCGUCCUGCUGCGCAAGGAGGCCCGCAAGCUCAUCGUGCAGCCCAGUACCCGCCACGACGGUUCAGUGGUCCAGCUGCUGGAGUACGAGCCCACCGCCGCCGGCCUCAUCCGCUCCUUCUCCGAGCGCUUCCCGGAAGACAGGCGGGAGUUAGAGGAGAUGCUCACCCGCCUGGCCCGAGCCGAUGCCCGCUCUUGGAAGGGCGGCCCAGGAGCCCGGGCCCAAUAAAGCCUGAACGCGACGCCGCGGCCCCUUCCCCGUUAAAGCGGCGCGGCCCGCCAAUCAUUUAUUAAGCAUUUACUAUGUGCAAAGCACUGUUCUAAGCGCUGGGGGGGGGAAACAAGGUGAUCAGUUUG